AUGCAUUUUCAUACUCAACUCGAAUCACAUCAUCACCGUGCGCUUUCAUGUCUUUCACAUACUGAUGGCUCCUCCGCCGUUCAUAUUCCAAGCCAUAGCCAUCUGACCGGCGAGGUUGACGCUCGGGAUCCCCGGGCUAACUUCCUGAUGGCGCCCUCGUUCACGGAUGCCUGGAAGACUGCGAUCGAAGCCGAGAAAGAGCUUCUGCAAUGCUUCUCACAAGAACGGCGCACAUUCGAUGAAUUCGAACAUUUCCUCUCCGAGUUCCGGACCUCUUCUCAGAAUGCAAUCCUCCUCGACUUCAAUGCUUCCCGCGAGGCCGACGUGGAAACUCGCCUUUGGGAUGCGCACUUGAAAGUGAACAAUCGGUUUCGCAAGCAGUUGAUUCGCUUUCGCGAAGAGCACGGCAAGAAAAAACCAGUGGAGAGGCGGAAACUCGAACGUCAUUAUCUCGAUUUCAUCAAGUCAAGCCAGCGGUUUUACCGGGGAUACAUCCAGCACUUGUCGUCGCGAUUUGGGGGGAUUGUUGAGUUGGAGAGAGUCGCGCGCAAGUUCAAUUUUGAGGGUAAGGCAGAUACACAAGCUGCGCGCCGGGUCUCUAGGCACGCUGACCCGCGUUUGUUUUUAGAUCUGUCCGGCCAACCUCCGAUCAAGCCCUCCAAAGACCUGCGUAAGCUCAUUCUCCAGUCUUGCCACGCAACUCUUAUCCGGCUGGGAGACCUUUCCCGCUAUCGUGAAUCGGAACUCGUCAGUAAAGAUCGCAACUGGGGCCCUGCCAUCGGUUAUUAUGAUUUGGCGUCGGUGAUCAACCCUGCCUCGGGUGCAUCUCAGAACCAAUUGGCAAUUAUCGCUCUCGCGGAUGGAAAUCAUCUUCGUGCUACCUACCAUCUCUACAGAGCCCUGUCAGCCCAAGAACCUCAUCCUACUGCGAAGGGCAAUCUGGAGAUUGAACUUCGAAAAAUCAUGAGUGCUUGGGCUAAGAAAGAGCUGAUCCGCCCCGAAGAUGCCGGUAUCCCUGGAAGAGCCUUGACCUCGUGGUUUCUUUAUCUCCAUGCCAAAUGUUACAAGGGCACCGACUUCCCCGAGCACGAUGAGUUAGAGAGUGAAGUUCUCAGUCAACUAGCAGUUGAGAUUAGAGAACGAUCACUAGAGGGGACACUUCAAAAGUUCUGUCUCAUCAAUAUUGCGGCCGAGGAUUUUGCUAAGGUCCGGUCUAUUGAAGAGUCUGUCUUGGAAGCACGCGUCUUUUUCCAACGCAUCAACGUGAAGACAUUUUUCACCUUACUGCAAAUACUUUUGGUCGAACUCGAACGGACUGCUUCUUUUGAAGAUCCGAACAGCAAAGACGAAAUGCCUAUCCCAGACAAGGUGUCUGUGGUUGCUCGUCGGAUCCUGCCCGCGCUUCGCCAUUACAGCUCUUGGCUGCUUACAAAUAGCCAGUCUCUGGUUGAGCAGAAGGAGGAAAAAGAUUCGGCGCUCUCGAUCCAAAUCAAAGAAUUCUGGAAAAUUUAUGCCGGUACGCUAAGCUUGCUCGCAUCCUCGUUUGAUGUGGUCAGCCUUCCCGAGGUCGAUUAUCUAUUGGAAGAAGACGAAGAAAGUCUUGGUUUUGCACCUCUAGAUCAGGAUGCCACUUCUCGCCGAUACGUUGGAAGUCGUGAUCAGCCAAAGCCCCGGAUGCACGAUCUUGGGAUUGAAAGAAGUCACCCCAACAUGGAAAUGCUCUAUCGAAUUCGUGAAUUCGUGAUUGAUGGACUCGACUUGGUCGUCAACGGAAAAAUACCCGUAGCUCUUGUGGAUAGUGAAGAUAAGAAGACAUUCAUCUAUCAGGAAGAGGAUUUGCCUUCGCAAUUCUAUUCCAGCCCUCAUGGCCGCCAAAAUGCACUUCCGGUUGCGAGCAUCGAGCGCGAGGAUAUCCCACAGGCCGGUCAAAAUGCAUACUCUGCCGCAGAAGCCCAAAGUCUGUUCGGCGGUUCCCAGUCUGCAUCGGCAUCUAUGUCCGCCAACAUGCAUCAGAUCGUUGAGGGCGUUGAACGACUUGUUGACUCGGACACGUAUGAAACCCCAUCCAAUGGCCAAUUUGCUUUUAUGAGUUCGGGGGAGAUAUCGACACCUACGCAUGUCUCGCCCAAUGUCAAUGCUUACCCGUUCCGGAACGAAAAUUCUCCACCACUCAGCACCCCCAUGGCCCCUCCACCUGGGCUCGGUCCACCAGUCAUAAAUGCAGCUGAGUCUACAUCGGCUCAGUCAUAUACCCCACGGCCUGCCAUUCCCAGCAUCCCUAGCAUUUGGACACCACUGAGAGACACCGCCCCUCCACGAACGCCCCCUGGCCUUGGUCCACAACAUGGCCAGCGAGCUCCACUGCACCCCAUGGCUUCUGGGAAUGCCAUGCCUUCUGAGCGCCCACCGUCGCAAGAUCAGCUAGCAAAUGAGCUCAUGCUCCGACAGCACCUGAUGGCUCAGACCCAGUUUUCAAGCUCACUGGACGUAGGAUCCAUGCCCACGCCGUGGGCAUCAUCCAUUUCUCAUGCUCGUCCCACCGCUAGCGGCUGGGAUCAUAGCCGAGCGACCUUCGGUGCAUUCGAACUCCCGAGCCAGACGAUGUCCAGCAGCCUGGGACAUCAGUCAUGGGCCAAUGACGCUUUCAUCGCCAGCAGCCUCGCUGGGGCAACUCCCUACAGCUCCGGGAUUGGCGGGCGCAAGCCUGCAACCCAGCUUGGAGCAGUCGGUCAAACCCCACCCUGUGGCCAAGGAGGCUGA